UUGUUCACUCCACACAAAAGCAACCCUAUUUUUCAGUUUUCACACCUAAAUCCUUUGACCCAUCAUCACUAUUAAUCUACAAGCUCCAUGUUUUGUUUGCAAUUUGCUUAGUCAACUUGUUGGUAUCAUCAGAGCUUUGUGAAACAUAAAGUUAAAGCAGGGCAUAUUGCAGAGGGAGCAAACCGAAUAUUUCAAAACUUGUUCUACUUUUUAUUAUCACUGUUGCAUUUAUUUCAGAUAUUUAGUAUUUGCCUACAAGUUUGUUCUUUAGUUUAAACACAGACAAGACGACUCUUUAUGGCGGCUAUAACCAAUUUGAACUUUUCUUCCUUGUGUAAAAAAAGGUUUUGUGUGCGUUUGUGCGUGUUGGAGUUGGCUUUUUGAAGUGGGUGCAUGCUGAAGUUAUAUGUGUAUGUGAAAGAUGAAGAACAAUAGAGAUAAAGAAAAGGGUAACGACGUUGACCAGAGUUACAGACAGCAUCACACGUUGUCAAUGCCAAUGAUGUUUUCUGGUUUGAACAGAGAGAAGGAGAUGUCAGCCAUGAUCUCUGCUUUGACACAUGUGGUUUGUGGAGAAGAUGAGCAUCAUGGUGCUGAUUACUCUCUUCUUAAUCACAAUAUUAAUAAUACUAAUAGUGCAGUUGUUGGUGAUGAUGAUUUUACUGUAACAUCAAAUAUGGCUUCUGGUUCUAUGCCACCUUCUUCUACUUGUUCAUCUCAAGGUGGCAACUCUGUUCUCAAGAGAAGACGGGAAUAUGAUAAUACAAAUGAUUUCUCACGUGGAGGUUCAUUCCCUGCUAUUUCAACAAUUGCUGAAAGUUCAAGCACGGUAACAAGAAGAACGGCGAAUACAGUAUACGAUUACGAAUACAGAACAGAGAACGUGAAAGUAGUGGAGGAAGAACCGAGGAGAAAAUACAGAGGAGUGAGACAGAGGCCAUGGGGAAAAUGGGCUGCGGAAAUAAGAGACCCUUUCAAAGCUACUAGGGUGUGGUUAGGAACAUUUGAAACCGCUGAGGACGCAGCCAGAGCCUACGAUCAAGCUUCAUUGCGUUUCAGAGGCAACAAAGCCAAACUCAACUUCCCUGAAAACGUUAGACUCAGACAACAACAAGAACCUCCGUUGAACUUGAACCCUCCACCACCUAAUCAUGGGGCUAUUUUGUCAAUUCCUUCAACCACUGUUCACACUGAGGCUCUUCAGGGUUCACUUGGUUCAAGCAAUUUUUAUGAGCAUUCUUAUUCGCAUCUUCAUGAGUUUCCCGUGAGUCUCUACGAUCAGAUUGCAGAGUCAACAUCUACUACUAUGGCUUCUCAUCAUCUUCAAUUUUUGCCGCCAGCUUCUUCCUCAACUAUGACUAUGACAUCUCCGCAGGCACCACCUUCGAUUUAUCCUACGCAUCCAGCGGCAUGGUCUUCUGGUUAUAGUUAUAAUAGCUCUUCUUCUGCUUCGGGGUGAUGUAAAUUGCGUUUUAUUUCAAGUCUCUCUCGUUUUUGCCCCUUGUAUUGUAUCAUUGUUACUCUCCUCUGUUUUUUGCAUUUGCACCACGACCAUUUCCAUCCAGGAGUGGUUUUUUGUGACCAUGUUAUUAUGAUCAAGCAAAUCAUAUAAUUCACAGUUAACAGUUUAGUAUCUGUGUAUAAUAGAGUUUUAUUUAUCCUCCCA